CAUCAAGGUGAUGAACGGAGGCAGUCAUCAUGAACUAAGAGGGCUAAAUUUGCAGUCAGGCUCUCUUAUUCUCCAAAAGAAAUGCUGAAAUCUUCUAUACCUCUGAAUUUCGUCUAACAUGUUUUUAAAAUAUCUAUCAUGUCUAUCAGCCGUGUCUCUAUCACUGAGGUUCACAUUUCCUGCCGUCAUUUAAAUAAAUAAUUAAGGCUCCUGAUGGGUUUUUUAAAAGAGCCGGCUGGGUUUCUGUCAUCCAUGCCAUCACAGUGGCCCGAACUUCUUUGGCUUCGUUAUAUAACGACUCUUUAUUAAACAUCUAUUUAUAUGUCAGGCACUAUAAUAAAAACUUUAUCCCAAAUGUGCCAAAAAAAAUUGGAUAUGUAUUAUUCUUCCUCCUUCUUAUCUUUUACAGAUAAGAAAACUAAGGCUCAGGGCCGGGCGCCGUGUCUCACGCCUGUAAUCCCAGCACUUUGGGAGGCCAAGGCAGGCGGAUCACAAGGUCAAGAGAUCAAGGCCAUCCCAGCCAACAUGAUGAAACCCCCUCUUGGUGUUGGCAGCCGCUGCCGCGCCGCCCUCGCUCUCCAACGCCAGCGCCGCCUCUCCUCGUGGAGCUCCAGCCGAAGGAGAAGAGGGGGUAAGUAAGGAGGUCUCUGCACCAUGGCUCCUACAAAGCAGACUGCCCGCAAAUCGACCGGUGGUAAAGCACCCAGGAAGCAACCGGCUACAAAAGCCACUCGCAAGAGUGCGCCCUCUACUGGAGGGGUGAAGAAACCUCAUGGUUACAGGCCUGGUACUGUGGGGCUCCGUGAAAUUAGACGUUAUCAGAAGUCCACUGAACUUCUGAUUCGCAAACUUCCCUUCCAGCGUCUGGUGCGAGAAAUUGUUCAGGACUUUAAAACAGAUCUGCGCUUCCAGAGCACAGCUAUCGGUGCUUUGCAGGAGGCAAGUGAGGCCUAUCUGGUUGGCCUUUUUGAAGACACCAACCUGUGUGCUAUCCAUGCCAAACAUGUAACAAUUAUGCCAAAAGACAUCCAGCUAGCACACUGCAUACAUGGAGAACGUGUUUAAGAAUCCACUAUGAUGGGAAACAUUUCAUUCUCAAAAAAAAAAAAAAUUCUCUUCUUCCUGUUAUUGGUAGUUCUGAACGUUAGAUUUUUUUUUUCCAUGGGGUCAAAUGGUACCUAAGUAUAUGAUUGCGAGUGGAAAAAUAGGGGACAGAAAUCAGGUAUUGGCAGGUUUUCCAUUUUCAUUUGUGUGUGAAUUUUUAAUAUAAACGUAGAGGCGUAAAGCAUUAAUGCAAGUUAAAUGUUUCAGUGAACAAGUUUCAGCGGUUCAACUUUAUAAUAAUUAUAAAUAAACCUGUUAAAUUUUUCUGGACAAUGCCAGCAUUUGGAUUUUUUUAAAACAAGUAAAUUUCUUAUUGAUGGCAACUAAAUG